AAUAAAAAAUAAAUUUCCGAUUUGACGUUUUAACCCCUUACUUAACGAUGAUUUAACGGGAUUAACCCUCUUCCUUACGUGGCCUGAAAAUGAGUCAUCACCAGCGUAGAAUUUCGACACCUGGAAUCUCGAGGAAGCGAAAAGAGAGAGAACCCUUUUAUUCAUUUAAACCGUCUAUUCCGGUUCAAUCAUCGGUUUAUUCCGGUCCAAAGCUCCCCUCCUCUCCCGAUUGUUCAAACCAGCUUUUAGCUGGCUACAUGGCACAUGAGUUUUUGACCAAGGGAACCCUUUUGGGUCAGCAAUUCGACCCGGCUCGAUCGGAGGCUGUCCGGUGCCUGGACCGAGAGAACCCGUCCAGCAGGAAGCCAGACCGAAGGAUCUUAAGAAAGAGAGCCGAAGUUAUGCUGACGUGGCGAGAAUUCUGAAGGACGAUGGGACUCACAUCACUGGAAUCGUUAACCCUACUCAGCUGACAAGGUGGAUCAAGAUGUGAGCUUUGGAUGGUGACGUGGAGAUACGUGAUUGGCUGAAAGAACCACAUCAGCUGUGUCCUCGUGCGUUUGAUUAUCCCUCAAGUGAGGGUUUUUUUGCAUGUUAAUUUGUGGGCCCGACCCAAUACAUGUGUCAGAUAGCCCAGGACAUGGUUGAGGGACAUCAGUUUUCAGCUUCUAUUGACGAUUCUAAAGUUUUGAAGAGAGGUUUGUCUGGUUAUGAGAAUCCAACUAAACCUCCACAUGUGGCAUCAACUGAGAUCAAGCAGAAUAGUGGGCCUCAUAUUAGACCUGUGAAUACGUCAAAGAACGUGAAUGUUGCUAGUGGGGUUGUGAUGCACAGCACUGGUUCAGAUUCCACCGAAAAUAGUGAAGAUCAAAGUAGCAAGUCUUCUACCACAGCCAGUAUGCCACAAGUCCUGCCUACAGUUCUGGGGUAUGUGCACAGGAGAAACCAUAUGAAGAAUUUUAGCGGGAAGAAUGUGUGUAAUUCAAGUCCAAGAGUUCAACAGGGAAAGAAUUUUGUUGAAAUCAGUAAGAAGCCAAGAGCUGAAAGUGUCAAAAUCAAGAAGGAAGGCUCUCCAUCCAGCGUUUGAUCUGACUCAAGAAGCUCCAACUUUGACUCUAUGCCAAGUACAUUUGCAGUGACAAGUAACGGAAAGCAAAGUGGAAACUCCUUGAAUCUUGAUGGGAAAAAUGUUGAUGAAGCUCAUGAAGGUGAAGACCAGAUCAACGAGGAAGUACAAACUGCUUAUAGGAAAGAAAAUUCAGGUGAAAUUGAAGAACUUUCACCGUAUGAUUUAGCCCCUGAUUUGUCUCGGGAGGCUAAGGAAGAAAAAAGUGAGAAUCACCGACUUUCACCAAAUCAUGACCCAUUAGGCAACUCUAUUCUUUCUCUCCAAUCUGUCCAGGAAGCUCUUGAAAGUGGUGGGUGUGUUAUCCUUAUACUAAAAUUGAUAAGCCUUUUUCGUGGUUUACUAAUGUCUGAUGUUCAUUGCUCUGCAAUUCCUGCUUGGUGGUCAUACCACUUAAUUUGCUCAUAUUUCAGUUAGCUUAUUAAUUUGAAAACCCUCAGAAAUAUUUCCCCAAGUAUUUACUUAAAGCAGUUGAUUACUUCUCCCUUUGUUUCAGCAUUGGACUAAGAUUGAAAAUAGUUGUUCUACAAAAGGUCACAUGAGGCCAAUUUUGAAAAUUGCUAUACCAUUCAGACUACUUAGUCUCACCGACUGUUAAAGCUACUCCAAAUAGCAGAAGUGUACUUAGGCUAUAUACCGUUAGGUUGGUGAAUCAUGCAUUGAUAAUUGACUUCAAUAGUAAUCAUCUGGUA